AUGGCGUCCGGCGAGAACAACGAGGAGGAGUACUACAGCAGCCCGGAGGAGGCUGAGGACGACGACGACAAGAUGAGCUACCGUUCCGCCUCCAACGACAGCGAUCCCGGCGAGAGCGACGGUGAUGACUCCAUGGGGUACAAUGACGAUGAUGAUGAUUAUGGUGAAGAGGACGAGUCGGUGGAGGAGGAGGAAGGAGUCAUGGAGGAGCGGAGGGAGCGGGAGGAGCGGUACGCGGUGCUGACCAUGGACGCCGUGCGCGCGCGGCAGGAGGAGCACGCGGCGAGGGUGGCCGACCUGGUCGCGCUCACGCCGGCGCUGGCCGCCGCCGUGCUGCGCCACUUCAAGUGGAGCGCCGCGGCCGUCGAGGACGGGUGGUUCGCCAACGAGCAGCGCGUCCGCGACGCCGUCGGCCUGCCCCAGUACUCGUGUUCCGGCGUGUCCGCCAACGCCGCGCCGCUGACCUGCGCCAUAUGCUUCGACGUCCACCCCGCCGGCGCCAUGCGGUCCGCCGGGUGCCAGGCCCACUUCUACUGCUGCGGUUGUUGGAGCGGCUACGUGCGCGCGGCGGUGGAGGACGGCGCCCGCUGCCUGUCGAUACGGUGCCCUGACACGUCCUGCUCCGCCGCCGUCGUGCAGGACCUGGUCGACGACGUCGCCGACCCCGACGAUGCGCGCCGGUACGCCGAGUUCCUGGCCCGGUCGUACGUGGAAGAAAGCAAGAAGCUCCGGUGGUGCCCGGCGCCCGGGUGCGACCACGCCGUGGAGUUUCUGGAUGGUGAGCGGUGCACAGUGCAGCUGGACGCGGACUGCAUGUGCGGCUACGGUUUCUGCCUCGGCUGCGGCGAGGAGGCGCACCGGCCCGUGGCCUGCGACCGCACGAAAUUCACGUUCGCCUGCGACACGGUGCGGGCGUGGCUGGUGAAGAACGGGUCGGACUCGGAGACGGCCAACUGGGUGCUGGCCAACACGAAGCACUGCCCGGAGUGCCGCCGGCCCAUCGAGAAGAACCAGGGGUGCAUGCACAUGACGUGCUCGCCGCCCUGCCGGCACGAGUUCUGCUGGCUCUGCCUCGGCUCCUGGAAGACACAUAACAGCGACAACGGCGGCUUCUACCAGUGCAACAGAUACCAGGCGGCCAAGCGGGAGGGCAAGUUCAGCGCGGAGGAGGUCCGGCGCCAGCAGGCCCAGGCGUCGGUGGACCGGUACCUGCACUACUACGAGAGGUGGGCGGCGCACGAGCGGUCGCGGAGCAAGGCGCUGGAGGACCUGGCGGCGCUGGGCUCGGCGGAGACCGGGAAGAUGGAGGAGGUCGCGGCGGCGUUCGGGGUGCUGGAGACGGAGAUGGACUUCCUCAAGGACGCGUACCGGCAGGUGGCCGAGUGCCGCCGGAUGCUGCGCUGGACGUACGCCUUCGGCUUCUUCGUGGAGGAGCAGGCCAAGCUGCAGCUGUUCCAGAUGCUGCAGACCGACGCCGAGACCUCGCUCGAGCGCCUGCACGGCUGCGCCGAGAAGGAAAGGGUGGACAUCGUCGCCGCCGCCGCCGCCACCGUCUACAGCGACAGCGGCGACCUCGUCCCCCAGGCGCCCGCCCCGGAGAACUACGCCAAGUACAGGGAGAAGCUGUCGAGGCUGACAAUGGUGACCAGGGACCACUUCGAGAACCUGGCCAGAGCCUUCCGGGACGGCCUCUCGGAGGUCGACACCACGGCCGCGGCCGCCAAUGCCAUCGCCAAUGCCGCCAAGGCCGCUGAGAAGGCCGCCGAACGCGCCGACCCUGUCGCUUCUACACGUUUCUUGUUUACUGAAGAAGAUGAAGAUUGA